AUUGAAUCUAAAAUCCUUCAUGUUCAUGAACAAAUAACAUUUUUCUUAGCAUAACAAUCACAGUAGUUUACACUAAUUCGCGAUUCGCGAUUUGAAAGUCCAAUAACGACAAGUGGCUCUUUGGUUGUGGUGAUCAUUCGCUAGAAUCUUUUACGAUCGGGUAACUUAUUGCUUAUCAAUUUGUUUAAUUAACUGACUCACUAUCGGUCUUUAGCCGACUUUUGCAUUAAAGGUUAAAUAAUAUUGGAACAAACGCCUAUUCUACGCUGCUUUGCUUAAUAAACCACAAAAUAUAUCAGUUACAUUCAAAUAUUGUAGUUGAAAUGGUCGAAUGUAGAAGCGGUGAUUCGAAGCUAGAUGCGGCUGUUGAGGGCUGGCUCAGACAUGAUAAGAAUCCAGUGACACGUAACGAAGUAUUGUCAGACAUAUCAAACUCGAAAUGGCACAAGUUAAAGAAGACGAUGCUCAAGCGGCAGAAGUUCGGCACGGCGGGGCUGCGAGGAUGUAUGGCGGCGGGAUACAUGUGCAUGAAUGACGUUGUGGUGCUUCAAACUGCACAGGGCCUGUGCUCAUAUUUGCAGAAAGUUUGUAAUCAAUCACAACUGAACAAUGGCAUCGUUGUGGGCUUCGAUGGGCGACACAACAGCCAAAGGUUUGCGGAAUUGACAACCAAAGUAUUCGUAUCGGCUUCAAUACCAGUGCACCUGUUUUCUAAAGUGUGCCCCACACCAUUCGUAUCGUUCGGCACCAUUCUGUUCGGGGCCGCCGCUGGGAUCAUGGUGACGGCAUCCCAUAACCCUAAGACUGACAACGGGUACAAGGUGUACUGGAGCAACGGCUCGCAGGUCAUUGGGCCACACGAUGACAAUAUACUCGAGGAAAUAUGGACAUGUUUGAGCAUACCAGAUGACCAUUGGAAUAUCGAAGAGAUUCGUAACCACGAACUAGUGUCGGAUUGCUACGAGGAGGUCACCGUGCAGUACUUGCAGUACAUAAGGUCUAGCUUGCAUGACGACGUUCUAGAAGACAAUAAAAACGCGGCUAUAGACAUUGUGUACAGCGCUAUGCAUGGAGUCGGAUAUGAAUCUGUGGUCAAAGCUUUUGAAGAAGCUAAUUUGAAGGCUCCAAUCAGCGUAAAAGAACAACAGGACCCGGACCCUGAAUUCCCAACAGUGCAGUUCCCCAACCCAGAAGAAAGGGAAUGCCUGGAACUCAGCAAAGAAUUGGCAGAGAAGAAUAAUGUCAAACUUGUCCUCGUCAACGACCCUGAUGCAGACAGACUCGCAGUCGCAGAAUAUGAUUUUGAAUCGAAGUCGUGGAAAGUGUUCUCCGGUAACGAGAUGGGUUCCCUGUUGGGCUGGUGGAUACUGAAGCAGCACGCAAAGCACGGCGCAGUACAAGAUGAAGACGAGAUAUUCCUUCUCGCCAGCUUCGUCAGUUCCAGGAUGCUGAAGGCUAUUGCCAAGGGGAAGGCGCAGUUCGUGGAGACGCUCACUGGGUUUAAGUGGAUGGGGAACACAACACUGCUGCUAAUGCAACAGGACAAAAUCCCUCUGUUCGCCUUCGAGGAGGCAAUCGGGUACAUGUGCAGUCCGCGCGUACCGGACAAAGAUGGCGUCUCCGCCGCUGUGCAUGUGGCUUCCUUAGCAUCGAACCUCUACUCCAAAGGCUCAUCCCUCGAGAGGCAGUUGCAAGCGCUAUACGCUGAGUACGGCUACCACGUGUGUCGCAACUCUUACUUCUUGGUCCACGAGCCUUCCAUCACCACGAAGAUCUUCAGCAGGAUCAGGAACUACCAUGGACCGGGUGUGUAUCCAAAGAAGGUCGGCUCUUCUGAAGUGGUAUUCGUAAACGACUUCACUUGCGGAGUUAAAAUACCAGAACCAACUAAUGGAGAGUGUCAUUUGAGAGUGCUGGGCACUGGGUUAGAUCAGGACUACACGAACGGGGAGAUGAUCCACUUCCAGUGCAGCAACGGGCUCAGCGUUACGCUACGCACGAGCGGGACGGAACCCAAGCUGAAGUAUUACUCGGAGCUCGUGUGUGACGCGCCUACCAUAAAAGAACAAGAACAAAAACAAAUGGACCUCUCGCUAUUAGUGAAAGAAUUCGUAACAGAAUUAGUUCAACCUAUCGAAAAUGGUUUGAUCGGUUGAAGGAAUGUGAAGUUCUACGAGUAUAACAUACCUACAUAGCAACCAACUCACCAAAUACGUUACAAAAAUUGUUUAAAUGUUCAAAUACGAGUAUAAUUAUUAAUGAUCAUUUAAAGAUCAUUCACGCUUCAUACAUUUUUGGGCACUUUUUGAAAGUGCCGACCAACAAAAAAAAAUGGCACGACUCGUUAGAAUUAGCCAUUUGUAAUUAAUAUGGCAUAAAAAUUGUCAGGUGGCUCUGAACCAAGUUAUACAGGUUCGACGAUUCGUUAUUUCCAUACAUAUUCUCAAUUUUCAAAAGAGCCCGAUGAGAAAAAAAACUGGUACGUAUUAUUAGAACUGCCCAUUUGGAGCAAUAGGCAUGGCACAAAUGUGGAAGGUCAAAGUCAAAAUUCAUUUAUUUCAAUUAGGCUUAGUUUACAAACACUUUUGAAAGGUCAAAAUUAUGUCAUAAUUUAAUUUAAUCUAAUGGUGGUAAUAAUAGUCGAAAACUUAAAACUAAAGUUACGAGGGUUCCAAACGCGCCUUGGUCCGAAAAGAGCCCACAACAAACUCAGCCAAGGAUUUUUUUGUUUACCACCAUUUUACAAACUUAUUUAAAACUAAGCACACAGUCGUAUAUUACAGUUUAACGCCAAGCUUUUUUAUCAUAAAUAUAAUCAUUAACACUAUAAUAAGCCUUUCCCAAAAGCUUGCGUUUAAUAAACACUUUGAACUUUUUGAGAGACAAAAUGAUUAGUAUGAACCAAGUUAUAAAGGUUCGAUGUCUCUACAUUGAAGUGACGAGUCAUCGAAUCGACAAAAUGUAUGGAAAUAACGAAUCGUCGAACCUGUAUAACUUGGUUCAGAGCCCUCCUACAACUUUCAUGCCAUAUUAACUAUUACUCUAAGUGGCUAGUUCUAACGAUUCGUGCCAUUUUUUUUCGUUGGCCGGCACUUUCAAAAAGGGCCCAAAAUGAAUGAUCUCCUUUGUCUUUAAUUUGUUUAGUAUAUACAUAUAAUACAAUUUAAUUAAUUUCGUUUAAUAUGUAUACUACCAAAGGAUAUGAUAUUUCUGUGAUAUUCAUGUUUCCAUUGUUUUGUUAAAAAUAAUUUGUGAAAUGUAUUUAAAAAAUAAUAAUAUAUCUUUGAUUUUACAAAAAUGUAAAUAUUAUUAAGAUUGAUUAAUCUCAUUCCACACAUGACGAAUUUUUUGAUGAUUGACUAUUUGUUGGUUUUAUUAAUUAUUGUAGUAUGUAGAUUAUAAAUGUGUAGCUGCAAAAAUUAACUGUAUCCACCGAUUUCGAAAUCUUGAUAUUUUUUUUUUAUCUUGAUGUUACUAAAAUACUUAUUUUUGUGGUAAUACGAUAUUUAAGGAAGUAUCUCAAUGUUAAAACUUUUAAAAUGUUCGCUUUUACGCUAACAGGACGUCCUCCGUGACAAAGUGGUAUGCGUGGUGGAUUUACAAGGCGGAGUCUUUGGUUCGGUCCCCGGCUGGGCCGAUUGAGAUUUCUUAAUUGGUCCAGGUCUGGCUGGUGGGAGGCUUGGGCCCUGGUUAGUUACCACGUAGAAGUAAGUUUCAAGGGUCCCAAACCCUCAAGCGUCCGUACAAACCGCAAAUUUUCUUUGACAUAAUAUAACAAAUAAUGUCCGCUUUCGCUUGGCACAUUAGCUUCGCGGCAAUCCUUUGUAAAACUCCAUUAAAACCACACUUUAAGAUUAUCUAGCAAAAAGUUGUUACCAAUUUUGUUGACUUCUUAUAAUAAAAGCAUGAUUGUAUGUUGAAAAUUUCACAAAACUGGCCAAUUUUGCUUUGACUGUUUUAGAAUUAUCGGUAAAAAAAAAAUUAUACCUAAAGGCCUUUAGAUAUAGUCCAAUAUAUUAAUUACCAAAUUCAGAGCAAAUUCAACCUUAAAGAUUGAGUUUAAGGUUAAAUUUGAAAUGCGUGCCAAGAAGUUGUUUGGCAAUCAUUGAGUGGGGACGUUUUUUGGUCACUGAUUGUGCAUCCAUUUUUUAAUAGGAGAUCGAUGGCUGAUAUCUUGAAAUUUCACGUUAUCCCAUAGACAUAAAGAAAAAAAGACAUACAUUGACUCUUUUAGAACAUGCUAACUCCCAGGUACCAUACUCCAUAGUAAGUUGCCUACCGUACUGACCUAACGUAACCAUAUAUUUUUUUGUCAAAUCAGGGCAUCUGUAGAAUUAUAUCAUAAAAAAAGUAAAUGAUAAUAAGAUAAAAAAACACAAAAUAAUUUAAGCACAAAUCACAAAAUAGUUAAGUUCUUCGACACAAAUCACAAAAUAGUUAAGUUCGACUUCCUUAAUUUGAGAAAAUACUUUUUCGAUAGGUGCAUUACUUCCAGGCAGACCUUUCGAGCGAUAAAAAUAUAUAAUUAGCUUUUGGUCUGUUUGUAAAAGUAGGACUAUUUACCAUUACGAAUGUCGUUAAAGAUAACUAAAAUGACAGGAAAAUGUCGUGCCUUUUCGAAAUUUUCUCUGAAAAGAUUGGGCUUAUAAAUAAAAUCUUAUCUUUUUUGUUUUAGUUAUAAAAUGAUUCCAAUGCUUUGUGUAACGUUUAUGUUAGUGUUAAAACCGUAGAAUGUUUACUGAAUAACUAAAUGACCACCUUAUUUGUAUAAAUAAAUGUUUUAUUGACAACAAUAAA